AUGAGCGAAGCAGCGCCGCCAUUCCACCCAAAAGAGCAGCCGCCGCAUCUGCCCCCGCACUUCCAAGAGCAAGUUUUCAACGAAGAGCGCGACCAGAAGAGUCUAUUGUACCAACCACAGCAGCAAAAAGGCAACGUCCCUCCAGCCAUUCCAGUUGUUUACGUGGAACAGAGUGGACCGUCUUAUGACGGCAACUUGCCGUCCGCGGCCCCCGUCUCGUCCAGUGCAGAGACGAAUAGCGGUAGUCGCUUGCCAUCGGCCAAUGGAGGGGCUGGAAUGUUCAAGGGACGGUACUCGGACCACCCGAACUGUGACAUUUGUGGAUUGGCCUUUGACGUCACGAAGCGGCGACACCAGUGUCGCGCCUGUGGUCGCUACAUUUGUGGCAAUUGCUCGCCAUUAAUGCUUCUGAUUCCGGAAGGGCAUCAGAUUGAUGGGGCAAGGGGCUACGAUCCAUCCAUUCCGCAGCGUGCGUGUUUGCACUGCGCGCCCAGUUUACAUCCGCUACAAACAGAUUUAGUAACGCGGUACGCCAAGGCGCAUGCCGAAAUGGUACCACAUGAAGCCAAGUCUCGAUUGCACGUGCCCUUUUCGCCCUCAUUGGAGAAGGAGUGCACGAAUGCAGCAGACAUUAUCGGCAAUUUCUUUCGGAAUGACUCGGGUGCAUCUGGGGACCGAUCGAUUCCGAUAUCAAUGCUGGAAAAAGCGCACGGUUUGGCCAUUAUGACGAUCGUCAAGGCGGGGUUCUUCGUAGUUGGCAAGGUCGGUACGGGAAUUGUACUGUCGCGUCUAUCGGACGGGUCUUGGUCAGCGCCCUCGGCGAUCGGCACGGUGGGACUUGGUGGUGGCUUUGAGUUUGGAGGAGAGAUCGUAGAGGUUAUGAUUAUUUUGGGCUCUCCAGCAGCUGUGCAGGUCUUUUACUCGCCGCAGGUGAACCUUGGUGCAGGCUUGGACGUUGCUGUCGGCAUGUAUGGCCGAUCGGCAGCAGCCGCGGCAGCGAUCAGUAGCACGGGGCUCAAUGGUAACUACAGCUACUCUCUAAGCAAGGGUCUGUACGCUGGCAUUUCGCUUCAAGGCUCUGUCAUCUCAGCUCGCAAUGAUCUGAAUCGAAAGUUUUACGGGCAGGAUCUGGAACCGAGCGAGUUACUUUGCGGGACUGUGGGCCAACCUGUGGCUGCAAAGCCGCUCUAUGAUGCACUUGACCGUGCCAUGCGCGGGGUGGUGGAGCAUAAGCAAGUACUUGCCGAGCGGUCUCGUAUGAUGGGAUCGUGCCGCGCCUGCAACUGCCAGAUCUUUGAGACUCAUAUUCACCAGGUUUGGAACAAGAAAUGCAAGACGUGCGACCAUGUUCAUUGA